UACUCGAUUUUGCAAAAUCAAAUUUGAUUUGUGUCAUUGUUUACGAAAUAAAAUUUCUUUAAAAGCGAAGUAAAUAAUUGAAGAGAAAAAAUAAUUUGAAGACUUGUACUUGACCAUUUUCUUAAAAAAUGUCAAGCAGGAAAGCAUCUCAUGCAGGGAGUUGGUAUACCGAUUCAGCUUCUGAGUUGUCACGGCAACUUGACAAUUGGUUGGGAGCCGCAACUCUAUCUCAUGGGCCAGCAAGGGCUAUUAUUGCACCGCAUGCUGGUUACACAUACUGUGGUGCGUGUGGUGCCUUUGCCUAUCGUCAAGUUAGUCCAGCUGUUGUUAAACGAGUAUUUAUUUUGGGCCCAUCUCAUCAUGUUCGUCUACGAGGAUGUGCCCUAUCGACUGCUAAGAAGUAUAAAACCCCUCUCUAUGAUCUCAAAAUUGACACUAAUAUUAAUGCUGAACUAGAAAAUACGGGUCACUUCUCAUGGAUGGAUAUGAAAACUGACGAAAACGAGCACAGUAUUGAAAUGCACCUACCAUAUAUAGCAAAAGUUAUGGAAGACUUCAAGGAUCAAUUUACAAUUGUGCCUAUAUUAGUGGGUUCACUGAAUCCGGAUCAGGAAGCAUUGUAUGGCCGUUUACUAGCAAAUUAUUUCACAGAUCCUCAAAAUUUGUUUGUGAUAUCAUCAGAUUUUUGCCAUUGGGGCCAUCGCUUUAAUUACACUUAUUAUGAUAAGUCUUGUGGCCAAAUAUACAAGUCCAUUGAAAAAUUGGACAAACAGGGCAUGGACAUCAUUGAGACGCUGAAGCCGGAAACGUUCACAGCAUAUUUACGUGAAUAUAAUAACACAAUUUGCGGCCGUCAUCCGAUUGGGGUUAUGCUGAGUGCUGUAAAAGUUCUCCAAGAACAGGGUUAUAAUACAAGCUUUAAAUUUUUAAAAUACGAUCAGAGUAGUCAGUGUAAAGCUAUGGAUGAUUCGAGUGUUAGUUACGCUUCGGGUUCGUUAGUUUUCGAAUGCUAAAUAUAUCAUUUGAAGCUAUGAGAAUUUAUAAAUAACUUUUCUAUAUUGUCUCUCAUCAAUAAUACAAACAUUAAGAUCUUCAAACUAAUUAAUAUUGUGUACAUAAAUAAUUUUUUUUUUUGUUCAUAAUAAA